AUGUUAAUGUCAAUUGUCAAAAUGAUGACUGAUGUUGGAGGCGGCAAUGGUGUUUUAAUUUAAAAAAAGGAAACUGAAGAUUAAUUAAUAAACCUUGCGUUUACAGUUCACACUUCACUGUGAUAAUAUGCAGUUCAGGGAGGUCACCACUACUAACGAUAUCUUUAUCAAAUGUGCACUCAGCCACUCAGCACCGUGCCGAGCGCAGGCCAGUUUUUUAUCUUGUCUUAACAUUAAUAACCUUCCAAGAGUUUAUCAUAGUGCACAUAAUCAUUCUAAACAUAUUUCACAAGGAGCUUAGUCUAAAAAAUAUUCUUGAGUAUAAGACAUGAAUGACGAAGACAUUGCAUACUUUAUUGGUGUUGAUGUGGGGUCAGGAAGCGUAAGGGCAGCACUUGUGGAUGACAGAGGUCAUGUGGUGAGAACAUCUGUCAAGGAAUUACAGACAUGGAGCCCAAAAACAGAUUAUUAUGAGCAAUCUUCAGAUGAUGUGUGGAAAUGCUGUGAACAUGUUAUAAUGAAUGUUGCACAAAAUGUAAACACAUCAAACAUAAAAGGGCUUGGGUUUGAUGCUACAUGCUCUCUUGUAGCGUUAGACAAAAAUAGAAAUCCUAAAGAAGUGAGCGACUCAAAUAGAAACAACCAGAAUAUAAUCAUGUGGAUGGACCACAGGGCUCAGGCUGAAGCAGAUUUCAUAAACAAAAGUGGUCAUGAAAUCCUCAAGUAUGUAGGCGGGAAAGUUAGCUUGGAAAUGGAGAUGCCGAAGCUUCUCUGGCUAAAAAAACAUAUGCCCGAGCAAUGGGCAGACUAUGGCUACUUUUUUGAUCUCCCAGACUUUUUGACAUGGAAGGCAACUGGUUCAAUGAGUCGGUCUUUAUGUUCGUUAGUCUGUAAAUGGAAUUAUGAAUGUAACAUUGAUGGGAAAAAAGGUUGGAAUUUAGAUUACUUAAAAAAAAUUGGUCUUGAUGAUUUAGCUGAUAAUGACUUUGAAAAAAUCGGAAGUAUAGUCAGGAUGCCAGGAGAUUACUGCGGAGGACUCACCAUGGAAGUGGCAAAGAAUCUUGGACUAAAACCUGGAACUCCAGUUGCCACAUCCAUCAUUGAUGCACAUGCCGGAGGUUUGGGUAUGAUCGGAGCUAAAGGUGAAAACAUUGACAGAGAUAUGUCUAGUAGAUUGGGUCUAAUUUGUGGCACAUCCACCUGUCAUAUGGCUGUUAAUAAGAAUCCUGUGUUAGUAAAAGGUGUAUGGGGGCCCUACUAUAGUGCGAUGAUACCAAAUAUGUGGUUAAAUGAGGCAGGACAAAGUGCUUCUGGCAUGUUACUUGAUUAUAUUAUAUCGAGUCACACAGCUGGCAAUAAACUUCUCCAGCAGAAAAGUACUGGCGAAGUACGAUACCAUUUGAGAGGAUUGCUGUCAGAAAUGGCCAGACAUCAAAAGCUUCUUGAUGUAAGUUUGCUGACGAAGGAUUUCCAUGUAUGGCCAGAUUUCCAUGGUAAUCGCUCACCGUUGGCUGAUCCUACAAUGAAAGGCAUGAUUGUUGGAUUGACUAUAAAUAGCAAUGAAGAUAAUUUGGCUCUACUUUAUCUUGCCACUAUGCAGGCUCUGGCGUAUGGUACAAGACACAUAAUAGACACAUUGCAGCUAGCAGGAUAUUCGCCGUUCAAUUGUCUGACAAUAUGCGGAGGCAUCACAAAGGAUCCCCUGUUCAUCCAGAUUCAAGCUGACUCAGUUGGCUUGCCAAUACUGAAGCCACAUGAAAACGAUUCUGUUCUUGUAGGGUCGGCUAUUUUGGGAGCAAACGCUUCGCGUUAUUUCAACAGUGUCCAAGCAGCAAUAGAAAGUAUGGGUGGAACUGCAGAUGUAGUGCACGCGAAUCCAAAUGUUAAAUCAUUCCAUGAUAAAAAAUAUGAAGUAUUUCUAAAAAUGUUUCAAGAUCAAGUAGUCUAUAGGAAUAUUAUGAACAGCUCCCUUUAGAAAAGGGUAGGUAUUUAAUUAAGAUUUAAGAAUAGUUUUGUAGGUAUGGCAUGUUGUGAGGGUAUUUUGAAAAAAAAAAUGUUUAUUUGAGUUCCACAGACAAUCUAGAUUUCUUUUCCUAUUUUUUUAAAUUUAUUUUACGGCCCUGGAUACAAGUUUUUUAAGGUUCUUUUCCUAUACCUCGUACAAUCCACAGACUUAGUAUAAUCCUUCACGUCCCGCUUUGUACUACCAGCACAUUUUGAUUUUGAUGCGCAUUUUUUUGUUGUAUUGCUAUUUUUUCUUUACAGUUUCUAUUAACUUUGUUGUAGUUUGUGUUAACUAUAUUAUUUUUGGAAUACAUUAUAUAAAAAUU